AUGGACAAAAACGGAUUGAAAAAAACUGCUGCUAGUGGACAAGCAGCGAUGGCCACCACCAAUAGUAGUGCUGUAUUGCCCGAAAGUAUGCGUCCGAUUCUGGAAAAUUGCCUUCUGAUCUGGCUUGAUGCCGAUUUCGAUGAAUCGAAAAAUGAUUAUAAACAAUCAAUGGAACAGCUUCGAAAUACCAUAUCAACAAUUAUAACAUUUACAGAUGCUGACCAAUGUGUUGAUUAUCUCACUGAUAUCAAAGAUGAAAAAGUGUUCCUGAUUGUGUCUGGUUCACUGGGACAAUACAUAAUAUCAGAAAUUCAAGCAUGUCCACAACUGAACUCCGUAUAUGUUUUUUGUGACAAUCAAUCAAUGCAUGAGCAUUGGGCAAAGAUAAUACCUAAGAUAAAAGGCAUUUACACACAAAUUGAACCGAUUUGUAAAGUAUUACAAAGUGAUCGUGAAAAUUGUGAUCGAUCUAUGAUCUCGAUGAGUUUUCGUGGCAUCGAUCCUUUGUUUAUGUACACACAAUUGCUUAAAGAAGCAUUUUUGGAAAUCGAAGAUGAUGAUGCGACAUCUAUUAAAGAACUGGUUGAUUAUUGUCGUCUUCACAAUGCUGCUUCUCCAGCUACACUGGAAAAGCUCGAACGAGAAUAUCGUCAUCAUCCACCAAGUUGGUGGUAUACAGGUCCCUUCUUUAUUUAUUCUAUGCUCAAUCAUGGUCUUCGACUUAUGAAUGUCGAUGUUAUAAUGAAAAUGGGCUUCUUUAUUCGUCAUUUACACAAACAUAUUGAAAAAUUGCAUGGCGAACAACAAUCCAAUGAGCCCACCAACAGACCAUUCACAGUCUUUCGUGGACAAGGUUUGUCCAUGGAAGACUUCAACAAAAUGAAACAAACAAAAGGAGGACUUAUGUCCUUCAAUAACUUCCUUUCAACCAGUCGUCAACGAGACAUUUCACUUGACUUUGCACGUCAGUCACUCGGCAAUACUGAUUCCAUCGCCAUACUCUUCGUUAUGAAUAUUGAUCCAAUGGUAUGUGUACAAUCAAAAAUUCCCUAUGUUGACGUGAAAGGUGUUGGUUACUACGACAAUAAAGAAGAAGAAGUACUUUUUACGACACAUACGAUCUUUCGUAUCAAUCAAAUCAAGCGCAUCGAAGACAAAGAUACCGAUCGCCUAUGGCAAGUUAAUCUCACCCUUACGGGUGACGAUGAUAAUGAACUUCAUGCACUUACGUCACACAUAAGCAAUGAAGUAAGUGGAGGAAAAGGAUGGCCUCGACUGGGUAGAAUAUUGCUUAGACUAGGAGACUCUGCAAAAGCAGAACAUCUGUAUACGAUUUUACUUGACAAGGCGUCUUCCGAUUACGAUCGUAUGGAAUACAAUCACCAACUUGGUACGGUAUAUAAUAACAUGGGCGAGUACUCGAAAGCACUUUCAUCGUACGAACGAUCACUUGAAAUCAAAAAAAUAGUUCUCCCUCCGAAUGAUCUCGACUUUGCUGCUUCCUACAACAACAUCGCUUUAGUGUAUGGUAACAUGGGCAAGUACUCGAAAGCACUUUCACUGUACGAACGAUUACUUGAAAUCCAAAAAAUAGCUCUCCCUCCGAAUCAUCCCAACUUGGCUGGUUCCUACAACAACAUCGGUAUGGUGUAUGGUAACAUGGGCGAGUACUCGAAAGCACUUUUAUCGUUUGAACGAUCACUUGAAAUCCAAAAAAUAGCUCUCCCUCCAAAUCAUCCCAACUUGGCUGGUUCCUACAACAACAUCGGUAUGGUGUAUGAUGAAAUAGGCGAGUACUCGAAAGCACUUUCAUCGUAUGAACGAUCACUUGAAAUCCAAAAAAUAGCUCUCCCUCCGAAUCAUCCCGACUUGGCUACUUCCUACAACAACAUCGGCAAUGUGUAUUAUAGCAUGGGCGAGUACUCGAAAGCACUUUCAUCGUUUGAACGAUUACUUGAAAUCCAAAAAAUAGCUCUCCCUCCGAAUCAUCCCAACUUGCCUUUUCCCUACAACAACAUCGGUUCAGUGUAUCAUAAAAUGGGCGAGUACUCCAAAGCACUUUCAUCGUUUGAACGAUCACUCGAAAUCCAGAAAAUAGUUCUCCCUCCAAAUCAUCCCGACUUCGCUGCUUCCUACAACAACGUCGGUAUGGUGUAUAAUGACAUGGGCGAGUACCCCAAAGCACUUUCAUCAUACGAACGAUCACUUGAAAUCCGAAAAAUAGCUCUCCCUCCGAAUCAUCCCGACUUCGCUGCUUCCUACAACAACGUCGGUAAUGUGUAUAUUAACAUGGGCGAGCGCUCCAAAGCACUUUCAUCAUACGAACGAUCACUUGAAAUCCGAAAAAUAGCUCUCACUCCGAAUCAUCCGGACUUGGCUAGUUCCUACAACAACAUCGGUGGGGUGUAUUAUAACAUGGGCGAGUACUCGAAAGCACUUUCAUCGUUUGAACGAUCACUUGAAAUCAAAAAAAUAGCUCUCCCUCCGAAUCAUACCGACUUGGCUACUUCCUACAACAACAUCGGCAAUGUGUAUUAUAGCAUGGGCGAGUACUCGAAAGCACUUUCAUCGUACGAACGAUCACUUGAAAUCAAAAAAAUAGCUCUCCCUUCGAAUCAUCCCUCCUUGGCUGCUUCCUACAACAACGUCGGUAGGGUGUAUAAUAACAUGGGCGAGUACUCGAAAGCACUUCAAUAUUAUGAAAAAGCCGAAGAUAUCUUCCAAAAAUCACUACCUUCAAAUCAUCCACAUAUUGCACUUGUGAAAAGAAACAUUGAAAUCGUAAAAAAGAAAAUGUAA